GAUGUCCAAGUUUUUAUAUCAGUUUCCAAUUCUCCAUAACUGAGCAAGUUCCCAUUUCAGGAAAGAGAGAAACAAAGAAGAAAAAGGAAGUUGUUCAAAGAUGGGUUUUACCUCAAAAACUAAUAAACCACAUGCUGUAUGUCUCCCAUAUCCAGUCCAAGGACAUAUCACCCCUAUGGUAAGGAUGGCUAAGCUUCUGUAUCACAAAGGUUUCCACAUAACUUUCGUCAACACCGAGUACAAUCAUCAGCGAUUGCUCAAGUCGAGAGGCCCUGACUCGCUCGAUGGCUUGCUGGAUUUUACGUUCCGAACCAUUCCCGACGGCCUUCUGAUCUCCGAUGCAAAUUCUACUCAAGAUAUUCCUGCACUUUGCCAAUCCACCUCCAAGAAUUGCUUAGCUCCUUUCUGUGAACUUAUUUCUCAACUUAACUCAAUGGCUGCUUCUCCUUCUAGUAAUGUCCCACCAGUUAGCUGCAUUAUUGGAGAUGGUCUUAUGUCUUUCUCUAUGUUGGCUGCCAAUGAGUUUAAUAUCCCAUACGCUUUGUUUUGGACUUCCAGUGCUUGUGGCUACUUUGGUUGCUUGAAAUAUAGUGUGCUCGUCAACCAAGGCUUGGUACGACUCAAAGAUGAGAGUCAAAUAACAGAUGGAUAUUUGGAAAAUACAAUUGAAUGGACUGAGGGAAUAAAAAGUAUACGUUUGAAAGACCUUCCUCCCUUUCUUAGAACAACAGAUCCAGAUGAUAUCAUGCUCAAUUUUGUCAUUCAAGAAAUGAACUGAUCUCGACAAGCUUCUACAAUUAUAUUAAAUACAUAUGAUUCACUCGAACAAGAUGUUAUGAAUUCUCUUUCUUCUAUCCUUCAUUCUCUUUACCCGAUUGGUCCACUUCACAUGCUUGCUAACCAAAUAGAUGAUGAAAAACUGAGAGCAAUAGGUUCGAAUUUUUGGGUUGAGGAAACAGAAUACAUUGAGUGGUUGAAUUCAAAAGAACCCAACUCAGUUGUUUAUGUAAAUUUUGGUAGCAUCACAGUGAUGACAUCAGAACAAUUGAUUGAGUUUGCCUGGGGAUUAGCUGAUAGUGGGAAGCCAUUCUUGUGGAUUGCAAGGCCAGAUUUAGUUGUAGGAGAUUCAGCCAUUUUGCCACAAGAAUUUGUAACACAAACCAAAGAUAGAAGCUUGAUAGCAAGUUGGUGUUGCCAAGAACAAGUGUUGAACCAUUCUUCAAUUGGAGGGUUUUUAACACAUAGUGGAUGGAAUUCCAUUCUUGAAAGUAUAUGUGCUGGAGUUCCAAUGAUUUCAUGGCCUUUCUUUGCUGAGCAACAAACAAAUUGUCGUUAUUGUUGCAGUGAGUGGGGGAUUGGAAUGGAAAUUGAUAACAAUGUGAAAAGAAAUGAAGUGGAGAAGCUUGUGAGAGAGUUAAUGGACGGAGAAAAGGGUAAGCAAAUGAAAGAGAAUGUAAAGAAUUUGAAGAGUAAAGCCGAAGAAGCAUAUAAACCUGGUGGUUGUGCUUGGAAGCAACUGGACAAACUCAUCAGUGAAGUUCUUUUUUAAAAAAUCUUUAUAUUGAGAAAUGUGUGUUGAUUGAACAAAUUAUCCUAGGGUCCCUUUGUGAUAUUUCAAUUACCUACCUUCUAAUAAUUUUCUCAUGUUCUGUUUGAAGGUAGAAGGUAAUAUAAAGGUAGUAUAAACUCA